AUUGUUGGGAGAGCAAAGCAAACAUUUAUUCUAAUAUAAUUUUGCACGCUUUAAAGAAUUUAGUUUCUAAUUGUUUGCGAUGCACAGAUUUAUAAGUUUGGGUAGUUUUCUUUUCUUUUUCUCAGUGCUAGAAAAAAACUAAAUUUAAGAAGCAGACAAAAAGCAAAAGGUCUAGAGUGUGGAGAGUAAGCAGUGGCUCUGUGAGUGAGUGAGGAUUAUAUAAUUUGCUUUCACCACCAACCAACCACAAAUUCACACACACAUAUUCUUUGUUGCAAUAUCACAAACACCUCGUCCGUCACAAUGCAGCUAGCUGUGGCGGCCAACGCUGUCGUUUCACCGUCGCCGUUCCGACCUCAUCCCCUUCUCCGGUCAUCCUUCUCCGGCGUCUCCGUUAAGCUCACUCCCCAAUCCAUAACGUUUUCACGCUUGAAGCCCCUCACCGUCUUCGCCGCCACCAAGAAGGCCGUCGCUGUCCUCAAGGGGACCUCCGCCGUCGAAGGCGUCGCCACUCUCAUCCAAGAAGACGAUGGCCCGACGACAGUUUCUGUUAGCAUCACUGGCCUUACUCCGGGGCUUCAUGGUUUUCACCUACAUGAGUAUGGUGAUACCACAAAUGGGUGUAUAUCAACAGGAGCACAUUUUAAUCCUAAUAACUUGACACAUGGUGCUCCUGAGGAUGAAGUCCGUCAUGCGGGUGACCUGGGAAACAUAGUUGCUAAUGCAGAGGGGGUUGCAGAGGCUACAAUUGUGGAUAAUCAGAUACCACUCUCUGGCCCUAAUUCAGUAGUUGGAAGAGCCUUGGUGGUCCAUGAGCUUGAGGAUGACCUUGGAAAGGGUGGGCAUGAACUCAGUUUGACAACUGGAAAUGCUGGUGGAAGAUUAGCGUGUGGUGUGGUUGGUUUGACUCCAGCAUAAAUAGUGAAGCAAAUGUUUUUGUAGCAGUCGUGUUAUUUUAUCUGAUGUUAUGUCUUCUGUGAAGCAUGAUGACUCACGUUCUUACUUUCUUCAGUUACCAAUGCAAACUGUAAAGCAUAAUGUCCUUCUAAAGAUGAGUGUGCAAAUGAAUCGUGAAAACAUGUUAGUCCUUUACUGGAGAUUCAUCAUGCAGUCGAGUGUGUACUCCCCAAUAAAAUUCAUCAUGCGGUCAGAUGUUUAUUCCCCAACGAAAUUGAUUUGUGUAGUCCUUGUUGCCUGCUUGAGAAAGAACCUAUGUUAAUAUUCUAUAUUAAUUAUGCAAGUGCAACAACUGGUUACUUGUGUCUAA